AUGGCCGUAACACAGAUGUCGAGCACACAGGUACCUCCACCACUAUCAGCGCUGCAGAAAUUACUCGAUGCCAACCCGGCCCCGGCAGCAUCACCUCACGCGCCAGAACUCCAUCAGCUCGCGCUGAAGGUCGCGCACAAUCUGCGCUACCAGCACUUGUGGACCGACGUCCGACUUCACACGGACUCGACUCUAGCGGAUCACUCUCUUACAAGGCCUCUCGUCUCCGGAAUCCCGCCUCAGCGCCUGUACGUCCAUCCAGACGAGCAAAUCGAGCUGCUACAACAGCAAAAGGACAAGGGCAAGACCGGAUUGCCCGAGCUACCACGAGAGCGCGAAUGGGUUCUCCCAAGCCAUUUGCGGGAGAAAUGGAGUCUGAAGCGCUUUGGUCAGGCUUUUGAUGGCAUCGAGGCCGUUCCGUCACAUGUGAAUGGGCACGCGCUCUUUCCCACGCAGCAGAGAGAGGAAAUUGAGGGUUCGCCUAGCAAAUGGCGCACAACGCUUCCCAAGAGACUUCUUCUUGGUACAUUGGACGAUGAUAGCACUGUUGUGUAUUACAUUGUGCACGAUGRCAUCGUGAAGCCAAGACAGAAUUGA